CAAGCAGAAGUUCAAAACACUUUCCUUCCAAACUUUUGUUUUGUUUUCUUAAUAACUCAGCAUGGACAAGAAACAUCCAAAUUAACUUCCUAAAUGAGGCCAAAAGGGAUAGUGGAAAAUAGGAACAAACAAGCCUGAGUCUGACACCUUUAUUCAUUAGGCAAAUUCAUUAGGGCCCCCUCAGUUAAUGGACACACACACACACAAGCAGGUACAUGUCUCCACAAUCCCAAGUGUCAAUGCUGAUAUCAUCCACCCUGGCCUGACAAGAAACAUUUAUUAGACUCCCCAGACUCACACCAGCACACACAUAUCAGUUAAUGACAAUCCAGUAGCAGUCAGUCUCCUGUCUGGUGCUUUGGAGUGCAAAAAAACAAGACAAACAUCCCUUAUCAGACAACAACUGACAUCAAGAGGGAAGAAGGGAAUUCUAUAAAACAGCGUCCUCCAGAUUUGUUCAAACAGAAGUGUGCUUCUGAUCUUUAAUGUUAGGACAGGCGUACAGUAUCAUGAUGGCUGCUUCAGAAUAACAACGAUGGAGUCAUUAUUUUCUUGAGUAAAAAACUCACUUGUUUUCAAAAGAACCAUACUGCUGUAGAUUGGACAACCAUGGAGAACACCACUGAAUUGUUCAGCCUCUACAAUUUCCACCAAAUUAGAAACUCAUCCCAUCCAUCUCCCCCUUUCCUGCAGCCUUUCCAGAACUCCUCAACUCCUUCCUCCUCCAAUGCCACUUCCUCCCUACCUUCUCCUUCUCCUCCACCCACUGACCUGGUUAUUCCCCCUAAUGUGGCGUACAUGGCGGCUGAGCUCAUCAUCGCCUUUUUCUCCACAAUCGGCAAUUUAUUGGUCUGUGUUGCCGUGGGCCUCAACCGCAAGUUACGCACCGUCACCAACUAUUUCCUGGUCUCACUUGCAGUUGCUGACAUCUGUGUGGGUGCGAUUGCCAUUCCCUGUGCCAUCCUGACUGAUAUUGGUUUACCGCGUCACAAUCUCUACCUGUGUCUGCUCAUGCUGAGUGUUUUAAUAAUGUUCACCCAGAGCUCCAUCUUCAGCCUGCUGGCAGUGGCUGUGGAGCGCUACGUGGCCAUUUUCAUGCCCUUCCGCUACCAGGUCCUGAUGACGUCUCGCAACGCUGUUUUAGUGAUCCUGACCACGUGGUUUCUGGCCUUUCUUAUUGGGCUUGUGCCUCUGAUGGGGUGGCACAAGAAACCACCUGAUUCAGGCUACUGUUUCUUUGUCUUGGUGGUGGACAUGACCUACAUGGUCUAUUUCAACUUCUUUGCUUGUGUGCUGACCCCCUUGGUGAUCAUGUUUCUCAUCUAUGCCCAAAUUUUUGUCACGGUCAAGCAGCAGGUGAGGCGUAUCGCAUCUGAGCAAAGUGGCAGAGGGGAGGGACAAAUGAGGGCUGCAGCCAGCAUGCGCCGAGAGAUGAAGACUGCUACUUCACUUUUUCUGGUUCUUUUCCUCUUCACAAUCUGCUGGAUCCCGCUCCACAUAAUCAACUGCUUCCUGCUGCUCUGCCCACACUGCCCUGUGCCGCUAGAGCUGCUGCUCACUGCCAUCAUUUUGUCACAUGCCAACUCUGCUGUCAACCCCUUCCUGUAUGCAUACACAAUGACAGCUUUCAGGGACACCUUCAAGGCAAUUUUCUUGUGCUGCAGGAUGGUGGAAGACAGAGAGGCUUCAAAUGUAGCCAGUGGUGACAAUAGAGAGGGUGCGGCUGUCCGAAUCGUGCACCGGACCUGACCAGGCUUGUGAUCCCAAACACUGAACACUGUCAAAUACAAAAUCCCAAUGCUAACAUUCAACACAAUCUUAAAAAGGUACCCAACCUGCUCGAAAGAAUAUUAUCCCUUCUUAU